UAUUUUUUUGUUCAGUUGUAUUUUGUGUGACAAUUUUUUUUAGUUUUUCUUCUUUUCCAGUGAUGUGACAAUGGAUCCACAGAGAGUGUAUUUCAGAACUCUGAAAUUAUUAUUAGAUUUUAUUUAAUCAUAUAGUUCCCAUUGUAAAUUGAAGAUUAUAAACUGAGAGGCAGACACAUCCCCUCCACACCUUGAUUGGUAAUCAGUCCAAGUGCUAUUUAAACAAGUACCUUGGAGCUCCUUGUAGCUAGACAUUAUGGCUAGCUUCACAGAAGAGGCAAUGGAUAACUACAUGUAUUCUGCGUAUAACCCUUAUUCCUACAGGUAUCUUAACCCCAAACAAAAAGGGAUGAGCUGGAGGCAGAAGAACUAUAUGACCAACUAUGGAGAUGCUGGAGAUUACUUUGAUAACUAUCAGAGAGCUCAUUUAAAGGCCAUCUUGUCUCAGGUGAAUCCUAACCUAACCCCAAGGCUCAGGAAAGCAAAUACCAGAGAUGUGGGGAUUCAGGUGAACCCCAGGCAGGAUGCUUCCGUCCAGUGCUCUUUGGGUCCCAGGACUCUAAUACGGAGGAGAGAUGGGACACUUAAAAAACCUCAGCAGGUUCCUCCAGAUCAAGGAAGUCCUACAACACCCACUAAGAGUGUACACUUCCCCAGAACCAUAGCGGUGUACUCUCCUGUAGUUACUGGAGGAAAACUUUCCACUAUCCAGGGAGAGGAGGAAGAACCAGAACCGAAGCCUCAGGAAGAGGCUGACAAAGACGAAGUUCCCCAGAAAUCCGUUAAGGAAGGGAGCAAAGUGGAUGAUGACCCUAAGGAGGAGGUUAAAGAGGGUCAGUCUGAGGACCAGCCAACAGGUUCACCUGGCCAGACAAGGCUGCGGUUCCAGUUCCUGGAGCAGAAGUAUGGCUACUACCACUGUAAAGACUGCAACAUUCGUUGGGAAAGUGCCUAUGUCUGGUGUGUGCAGGGUACAAAUAAGGUGUAUUUCAAACAGUUCUGCAGAACAUGUCAGAAAUCCUUUAAUCCUUAUCGAGUGGAGGAUAUCAUGUGUCAAAGCUGCAAACAGACUAGAUGUACCUGUCCUGUGAAAGUGCGUCAUGUAGAUCCAAAGAGACCCCAUCGUCAGGACCUGUGUGGAAGAUGCAAGGGGAAGAGGCUCUCCUGCGACAGCACCUUCAGCUUUAAGUAUAUAAUUUAAUCCAGCAUUGUACAUUACUCCUUCCAUACUGUAAUUUGGCCUGAGAAGUGUAUUUUUGUUUUCGGAGUAUCUUGGGAUGUAAUAAUGAAAUAAAACAUGUGUCACAGCACUUCCACCUGUAUACUGAAUAAAAUCUCUGGGAUAAGAAGACAAA